CGAAGGGACACCACGCCUGCUGUCCCCGCGUUACACGUCACCAAAACUUUCCCAAAACUUUCCACGAAGUUCCAGAAAAUUGUGUGUGUUGUGUGCAUAGUGUUGAUGUGUUUGUGAAGUGAAGAUGCGUGCCAGCGGGUGCUGGCUGGCACUCCUGGCGGUGUGCGUCGUGGCACAAGACACCAGGCACUUAUCAGGACGUGUGGGCCGAGUCAAGAGUCGGCUGUCCAAGCCCUUUUUAAAAAAAAUACGCUUCAAAGGGGACACAAUAUGUCCGUCUACCAUGUUCCAGUGUCCCGAGGGGACCUGCAUCGAGCGGUCGAGGGUCUGCAAUUAUCAGAAAGACUGCGAGAAGGGCGAAGAUGAGUUCCAGCAGUGCCCUCCACCAGACUGCCUGCAGGAUGAGCUGUCCUGCGGGCAGUACGUCUUCAACAAGACGUACUGCUACUCUGCACAUUAUCGGUGCGAUAUGCACGUCGACUGCAUGGAUGGCAGCGACGAAGCCGACUGCACGUACAGAAAGUGUCAGCCGGACGACUUUCAGUGCGGCGUCGAGACGUCCGUAUUAGGAAAGGCGGCUUCGCAGGGACCCUGCAUACCCAAGGAAAAGAGAUGCGAUGGUUACUUAGACUGCAGAACAGGCAAGGACGAGGAAGGCUGCGCGAACAACACCACGAUUUGUCGACUAGACGAGUUCCGCUGCGAGUCGGGCAACAAGUGUGUCAACAUGUCCGCCAAGUGUAACCAUGAGAACGACUGCGGGGACAACUCGGAUGAGGCGCAUUGUAGCUUCCCGCCCUGCCACAUCGGCCAGUUCCGCUGCAGCAACGCCCUCUGCAUCCCCGCCACGUUCCACUGCGAUGGCUACAAAGACUGUCGCGACGGUUCAGACGAGGCCAACUGUACCGCCAUUGCCUGCCCCGACAACAAGUACCUCUGUCCGCGAGGCGCGCCUGGCGGACAACAUAAGUGUAUAGCGAGAUCGCAGCUGUGCGAUGGGAAGAAGGAUUGUGAAGAUAAUGCUGAUGAGGACGCCGCUUGCUCAACAUCUUCCUGUCCAGCACUAGGCUGCGAGUACAAAUGCGUGGCAUCGCCCUCAGGUGGCGCUUGCGCGUGUGCGGCCGGACUAACGCUCGCGCCGGACAACCGCACCUGCGUCGACCGCGAUGAGUGCAAGGAAUGGGGCUAUUGCCAUCAGUUGUGCGUCAACACGCCUGGAUUCUACAAAUGUGCGUGCGCCCCCGGCUACACGCUGGUGGACGGUUCCCGCUGCGUGGCCUCGGCCUCCGCCGCGCCCGCUUUGCUCCUGGCUUACGAGAAGGCGAUCCUUCGUAUGGACAUGCACGGCCGUGCGCCCGCUGUACUCGCUAACGCUACCGCAGCCGCUGGCUUAGACUUCCAUUUUAAGAAGAAUCUGCUGUUCUGGUCCGAUCUUAAAACUAGAAAGAUCCACAUCCAACACCUAAGCUCCCCAGCGGGCGCGACGACCUACGAGAACGACAUCACCGUCACCGGCUCCUGGGCCCCCGUGGCUCUCGCGGUAGACUGGGUCGGAGAUAAACUCUACGUCGCAGAUGCGGUGGGACAGAAAAUAGAUGUGUUUGAGCUGGAUGGGAGGUGGCAUGCUGUGGUUUUGGGCAGUAACUUGACCAGCCCGGCCGAUAUCGCGUUGGAUCCGACGCUUGGGUUAAUGUUUGUUGCUGACAGCAAUCAGAUUAUACGAGCAAACAUGGAUGGUACACACGCAAAAUCAAUCGUCUCCGAAGCAGCUUACAAAGCAUCCGGUAUCGCCGUGGACAUUAUCGCUCGCCGCGUCUUCUGGUGCGACUCUUUAUUAGACUACAUCGAAACAGUGGACUAUGAAGGCAACCAUCGCUUCCUCGUACUACGCGGGCAGCAGGUUCCCAGCCCUUCACGUCUGGCCCUCUUUGAAGACAGGGUCUACUGGUCUGAUGCCACCAAACAAGGCAUCAGCUCCGUCAACAAAUUCGAAGGCUCAACCAGCAUACAGGCCAUUUACAAAAUGAAAGACAUCAGAGACCCCAAAGCGGUCAGCGUCAUACAUUCUCUAAAACAGACGUCAGUGAACAAUCCUUGUGGACAUGACAAUGGUGGUUGCGCUCACUUGUGUAUAGUCACCGCCCUGCAGAACGGCGGUCUAGGCUACCGGUGCGCCUGCAACAUUGGCUACAAACUAGAAACAGACUUACGAAGCUGUGAUAUCGUAUCAGAGUUCCUUAUGUAUUCUCAGCAGAGGUUCAUCAAAGGCAAAGUCUUGAACCCUGUCAUAGAAGGCUUCAGCGAAGCCAUAUUGCCCGUAGUUUCUAGAAGAGCGAGAUUCGUAGGUUUAGACUUCGAUGCUAGAGAUAAUCAUAUUUACUAUUCCGAUGUUUUACAAGAUGUGAUUUAUAGAGUACAUAGAAAUGGAUCAACUAGGGAAAUAGUGUUGGCGUCGCAGAAUGAAGGAGUCGAAGGCUUAGCAGUCGACUGGGCGUCGAAGAAUUUGUAUUAUAUUGAUUCAAGGAAAGGUACAUUAAACGUUCUAUCUACUACAAAUGUAACAUACAAAAGAACUUUGCUGAAAGACCUGAAAAGACCGAGAGCUAUUGUGGUGCAUCCGAACAAAGGUUACAUAUUCUUCUCGGAAUGGGAUCGACCAGCUAACAUCAGCCGAGCGAAUACAGAUGGAACUGGUCUACUUGUUUUCGAGAACGUAACUCUUGGAUGGCCUAACGGUCUUUCCAUAGAUUUCGACGCCGAUCGCGUUUACUGGUGCGAUGCUUUAUUAGACCACGUCCAACACGCUAAACUAGACGGCACUGAUGUGAAAACAGUAAACUCCAGACUUAUCAGACAUCCAUUCUCCAUCGUCAUUUACAAAGAAUUCAUGUAUAUUACCGACUGGCGGUUAGAUGCUAUAGUCAGGCUGCAUAAGCUCACAGGUGAACAGGAAGAUAUUAUGGUGAGAGAGCCUCAGACGAACAGACUUUACGGUGUCAAAGUUUACAGUGAAGAGAUACAGAAAAUACACCCAAAUCAACCCUGUUCGAUCAGGAAUGGAAACUGUCAGAAGCUUUGCUUUGCUAUCCCAAGAAACAACACUGAGUUAUUACAAGUGAAGUGUGGUUGUCCGUAUGGAGAGAAGUUAGACGCGGAUGGUACGAGCUGCAUAGCGGAUCCUAACAAGGAACCGCCGGUGCAGGCUUGUCCUAACACUUGGGACUUUACGUGUAACAACCAGCGCUGUAUUCCGAAGAGUUGGGUGUGCGAUGGAGAUGACGACUGCUUGGACAACAGUGAUGAGGAGCAAAAUUGCACCAAAACUACCUGCAGCGCCUCAGAAUUCAUGUGCAAAUCCGGCCGCUGCAUACCAGCGACGUUCAAAUGCGACAGCGAGAACGAUUGCGGCGACUUCUCAGACGAGAGUGGAUGCGUCAACGCGACAUGUUCCGCGUCGCAGUUCCAGUGCGACAACGGAAGAUGCGUGCCUAGCACUUGGAAGUGUGAUUCGGAGAACGAUUGCGGGGACGGUUCGGAUGAAGGCACACAUUGCGCGGAAAAAACUUGCGCUUAUUUCCAGUUUACCUGUCCGCGAACCGGCCACUGCAUCCCAGCAUCCUGGGUAUGCGAUGGCGACGAUGACUGCUUCGACAAACAAGACGAAGCUGACUGCCCCCCCAUCUCCUGUCUCGCCAGCCAAUUCAAAUGUGCUGACCUCAAACAAUGCGUCCAGGAAGCUUACAAGUGCGAUGGCAUACCGGAUUGUAACGAUGGAAGCGAUGAGGCUGGUUGUCCGUCGCUGGCGCCGCAUCAGUGCUCGCCGGAUAAGCAGUUCCAGUGUCAAAGUUCUGGGAUUUGUAUACCGAGGACUUGGUAUUGCGAUGGUUCACCAGACUGCGAAGACUUAUCCGACGAGCCGGCCACGUGCGGCGCGGCCGCGUGCCCGCCCAACCACUUCAAGUGCGCCUCGGGACGUUGCGUGUACCAAGCCUACGUGUGCGAUGGACGGGAUGACUGUGGCGAUGGAUCCGAUGAGGGCACUGCGCAUGCGUGCAAACCACCACCUUUCAGAUGCCCGUCAGGACAAUGGCAGUGUCCAGGAGUCACGGGUCGCUGUGUCAACCUCACGCAAGUCUGUGAUAGCAAAUUUGAUUGCCCCAACGGAGCUGAUGAAGGACCAAGUUGCGAUUUUGCUGAAUGCCAACAUCAAUCAGGUCUCUGCUCGAACGAUUGCAAGCAAACGCCUAAUGGUCCAUUAUGUCUCUGCCCAUCGGGCGAAGAAUUGGAGUCCGAUGGCUUCCGAUGCAAAGAUAUCGACGAAUGCAACCCGCCAGGCCUUUGCUCUCAAACUUGUGUUAACACUAAAGGAUCUUACCACUGCGGCUGUGUGGAUGGCUACGUACUAGCCACGGAUAAGCAUAUGUGCAAAGCCAACAACCACUCCAGUGCCUUCCUCAUAAUCUCUAACAGACAUUCCAUCUUAGUAGCAGAUCUUAACGAACAAGGCUUAGAAAGAGUCCCAAUCAGUGUCGAAAACGUCGUCGCUACAGACUCGAAUAUGCACACCGGAACUAUCUUCUGGUCCGAUAUGAAGUUAAAGACGAUUUCAAGGUUAGAUCGUGGAAGCGAGCCUAAGGUUUUGGUGUCCACUGGCUUGGACUUAGUAGAAGGUUUGGCUUAUGAUUGGGUGGGUGGAAAUAUCUACUGGUUGGACAGUAAGUUGAAUACGAUUGAGGUCGCUAGAGAAGAUGGAAGCGCGAGAACAACUUUGUUGAGUGGAAAUGUUACGCAGCCAAGAGGAAUGUGCUUAGAUCCCGCUCCUAGCGCAAGAUGGUUGUUCUGGACUGAUUGGGGAGAAAAUCCUCGUAUCGAACGCGUCGGCAUGGACGGUUCCAACCGUAUGGCAAUCAUCACCUCCAAGAUCUACUGGCCUAACGGCCUGACCCUCGACACAGCCACACAACGCGUCUACUUCGCGGAUUCCAAGCUAGAUUUCAUAGAUUUCUGUAACUACAACGGCACAGGACGGCAGCAAGUGUUAGCUGGAAGCCAUUACCUAUUACAUCCGCAUUCAUUAACUAUGUUCGAAGACACGUUGUAUUGGACAGAUAGACAGUUGAACAGAGUACUAUCAGCUCACAAAUUCAGAGGCACCAACCAAACAGUGGUAUCUCAUCUGAUCUCGCAGCCUCUUUCGAUCCAUGUGCACCAUCCAUCGCUGCAGCCCCAAUAUACAAAUCCUUGCAAGCCUGAUUCGUGCCAGCAUCUUUGCUUACUCAGUCCAGACAAGCCAACAGGUUACACUUGCUAUUGCAAACCUGGGUUUAAAUUACUGUCUGAAGGAAAAUGCGUGGAAGAGGAGAACGCAUACCUGAUGGUUCUGAAAGGAUCACAAAUCAUCGAUUUGUCACCAGAUGGUUCUGGAAAGGCCGGUCAGCUUGCACCAGUUGUUGGCGUUCAAGGUGGAGUUCAAAUCGACUACGACCGUCAAGGCCACAUGCUAUACUGGCUACAAUCCGUCUCCGGCGACAGUGAAGACAACGAGAACUGCACCAUCUACAGCAUGCCCUACGGAGGCGGCAACAAGGAAGAAUUCUUCGGAGACGACACCGGUAUCGUUGGGGCACCUUCAGCUAUCGCCUUUGAUUGGCUCGGCCGUAAUAUGUUUAUGGCCAAUAGAAUCGCUAGCAACAUUGAGAUGGUCCGGAUCGAUGGGAAGAUCAAGUACAGGACUAUUAUUUUGGCCAAUGAUGGAAGCCGGUUGUCCAUUGCGAGGCCAAAGGGCAUCUGUUUGGAUCCUACUGAAGGAAAAAUCUUCUGGUCAGACGAAGGCGGCUACGGUGUGCCAGCGAAGAUCGGACGCGCCAACAUGGACGGUACCAACCCAAUAGUGCUGGUCGAUGCCAUCGAACGACCUGAAGCCAUCACCAUCGACAUCGAGAAGAAGGUCAUCUACUUCAGCACGCAAUACCCAGCUAGUGUCAGCAGCGUGAACACAGACGGCAACGAUCGCCGUACCGUGCUCUCAGAAGCCAAUGAUAUUUCAUAUCCUAAAGCUAUCGCAGUGCUCGACUCAAGACUGUACGUCCUGGACCAAAGACACGAAAAGAUAAUCAAGGCCGAUCUCCCGAACGGUGACAACAUCAAAGUUAUCAUGGACAAUGAAAGCGAUCUGAAAUCCCUCACGAUAUUCCAAAAGAGAAAGAUGAUCCAUCAUCCGUGCUUGCAGAAUAAUGGAGGAUGCGAACAGAUUUGUAUCCCUGGUGAAGGCGGGUCAAGAGUAUGCGCUUGCUCAGUAGGAUACAAGAAAGAAAACGAGAUCAACUGUGUGCCUUACAAGACAUUUGCAGUUGUGUCACAACUCGACCUCAUCCGAGGAUACAGUUUGGAUAACAGCGCUGAAGCUAUGGUCCCGGUUACUGGCUUGGGACACCACAUCCUACAUGUAGACGUACAUUUCGCUGAGAACUACAUAUAUUGGGUGGAAUUCAAUCGCGGACAAUGGAACGGAAUCUUCCGCAUCCGACCUAAUGGCACAGAAUUACAACACAUCGUUAAAGAUGGCAUCGGUAGCAACGGCAUUCGAGGGCUGGCAAUUGACUGGGUUGCUGGUAACUUGUACUUCACAAACGUCUUCCCGCACGAGAAUUAUGUAGAAAUGUGCUGGCUCGACGGUUCUCACAGGAAAGUACUUGUUAAGAAGACCAUGGAAGCCCCACGCGAACUCGCUGUAAAUCCGAUAAAACGACUGCUAUACUGGAUUGACUACGGCCAAUACCCGCAUAUUGGGAAAUCUUACCUUGAUGGUUCCAAAUGGGAGCCAGUUGUAAGCUCAGGAAUCUCGAACCCUAGAGAUCUUACCAUCGAUAUGCUAUCUCACGACGUUUACUGGGUAGAUUCCAAACUGGAUCAGAUUCAGAAGAUUUCAUACAACGGUGGAAACAGGCAGGUGAUCCGCUCCAACUUACCAAACCCCAUGGGAAUUGCUAUUCACACGACAAGCGUGUACUGGGUAGACAGAAACUUGCAAACCAUCUACAAGGCUUCUAAACUUCCAGGAAAUAUGUCUAUGCCUGAAAAGAUGAGGACGAAUUUGCCAAAAUUGAGGGACAUCGUUAUUUUUGAUAUAAACAACCAGCCAAUAGACGAAACUAAUCCGUGCAGAAAGUUAGGAAACGGUGGUUGUGAGCAAUUGUGUUUCAGCUUCCCUCCGGACGCCAGUUUCCAAGGAAACAUGCACCGCUGCGAUUGUGCCACAGGCCAGGUAUCAAAGAGCAACCCAAGCAAAUGCGAAGCUGUUGACGAAUAUCUAGUCUUCACCACCAGAACCGAAAUCCGUGCCGUCAACCUAGACCCCAAAUCCACUGGAACGCCAUUCAAACCUGUCGUUAAUUUAACUAACGUAGUCGGCGUUGAAUUUGACUAUGCGGACAAUAAAUUGUUCUUCACUCAGAUCCGCCCGUGGGCUAAAAUCGCCUGGAUGCCAUCAACCAAUCCUGAUCCUUCAACUAUCCAAAACAUACUGCAAAAGAACAUCAAUCCUGAGGGAAUCGCUUAUGAUUGGACACAGAAGAAGAUCUACUGGACUGACAGUUCUAACAACUCGAUUUACGCUAUGAAUCUCGAUGGCUCCAUGAUUGUGAUGAUCGCCAGAGUAGAACGGCCCAGAGCUAUUGUAGUACACCCCUGCAACGGAACUUUAUACUACACUGAUUGGGGUAGAUUCGGAACUUCGGGCAAAAUUUACAGAACCACUAUGGCCGGGACACUAAAGAAAGCCAUCAUAGAUAAAGACCUUUCGCAACCGAGCGGUCUCACGAUUGAUUUCGAUGACUCCAUGCUGUAUUGGACGGACGCCGUGCGAGAGAAAAUCGAGCGAUCAAAAAUGGACGGAUCGGAUCGCGAGGUCCUCAUCUCCGCUACGAUCUAUCCAUUCGCGAUCACAGUAUUCCGCAAUUACAUCUACUGGACUGACUUACAGCUUCGCGGCGUUUAUCGCGCUGAGAAGCACACCGGAGCUAACAUGGUAGAGAUGGUGAAAAGGUUAGAAGAUUCACCACGAGAUAUCCACGUUUACAGCACCAGCCGACAGACUUGCACAGCAAACCUCUGUAACAUCAAUAAUGGUGGCUGUGCUCACUCCUGCCACCCAGCACCCAAUAACACCGUCGAAUGCAAGUGCGACGACAACUUCAAGCUAGUCAAUGAGGGGCGAAUGUGUGUACCGCGCAAUGUAACUUGUGACGCUGGCAAAUUCUCAUGUGCCAAUGGCAAAUGCAUCAGUCGUAUGUGGGCGUGUGAUGGUGAUGACGACUGUGGCGACCGCUCUGACGAACUACCUGAUUACUGCGCAUACCACUCCUGUUCCCCUCACGAGUUCCGCUGCAACAACGGCCGCUGCAUCUUCAAAUCUUGGAAAUGUGAUCAUGAAAACGACUGUAAAGACGGCUCUGAUGAAGAAGGUUGCGUGUACGCGCCGUGUGCUGAUGGAGAAUUCACUUGCGCCAACUCGCGCUGCAUACCGAUGUCUCAAGUGUGCAACGGAAUCAACGACUGCAAAGACAACGUCACGUCAGAUGAAACGCACGAACGGUGCCCGAAGAACACCACAUGCCCAGCUAACCAUCUCAAGUGUGAAAAGACGAAUAUCUGCGUUGAGCCUUAUUGGUUAUGCGACGGCGAUAACGACUGUGGAGACAAUUCAGAUGAAAAUCCGCUGCAUUGCGCUCAGAGGACAUGUCCGCAGAAUAGCUUCCGCUGCCCUAACCACCGUUGCAUCCCCGCUACUUGGUACUGCGAUGGUGAUGAUGACUGCGGAGAUGGUGCCGACGAACCGCCAGAAUACUGCCGCUCAGAAGGCCGCACAUGCUUCGGCGAUCUAUUCACUUGCGACAACGGAAACUGUAUUCCAAGAAUCUACAUCUGCGACGGUGACAACGACUGUCUUGACAGCAGCGAUGAAGACGAAAGACACCAAUGUAAUGAACGCAAAUGCGACGCGGAAACCGAAUACACUUGCGAAGCGAAUAAAAUCUGGAACCGCGCUCAAUGUAUCCCACGCAAAUGGUUGUGCGACGGCGACCCCGACUGCGUUGACGGUGCGGAUGAAAAUGCGUCGAUACACCACUGUGCUACACCCGCUCCUUGCUCCGAAGACCAGUUCCAGUGCACCAAUGGACGCUGCAUUAAUAAGGGUUGGGUUUGCGACCACGAUAACGACUGCGGCGACGGCUCCGAUGAAGGAAAACACUGCAACUCGCUUUACAAACAGUGUUCCGAUCAAGAAUUCAAAUGCCAGAACUUCAAGUGUAUCCGUAAUCAUUUCCGUUGUGAUGGUGAAGAUGAUUGUGGUGACCAUUCUGACGAAGUCGGCUGUAAUAAAGAGAACAAGACUUGUCCGGCUGGACAAUUCAAAUGUAACAAUGACCAGUGCAUUGACAACAGACUGGUAUGCAAUAAAGUGUCAGAUUGUGCGGAUGAUUCAGAUGAGCCUGCACAUUGCAAUGUCGAUGAAUGCGCCAAGUUAGAGAGUAACCAGUGCGGACACAAAUGCAUAGACACACUAACUGGUUUCUACUGUGACUGCAACCAAGGCUACAAGCUGUUGUCAGAUGGUAAAGCUUGUGCUGAUAUAGACGAAUGUUUGGAAACACCAGGAGUUUGCUCACAAUAUUGCUCCAACACCCCAGGAUCUUACUACUGUAAAUGUAACGACCGGUACUACGAAAGAGAAGCCGAUGAGCAUACCUGCAAGAGGAAGGACAACAUCACAGCCUGGGUCAUAUUCACAAACAAAUACUACGUCAGAAAUAUGUCGACAGACGCUUCUCGUUACAAUCUAGUCCACCAAGACCUAAUGAACGUCGUGGCCAUCGACUUCGACAUCAAAGAAAACAAGAUGUACUUCGCCGAUGUUUCAGCCAAAACUAUCUAUCGCUCGGACUUUACAGAUCCUAAUCCUACUAAGGAAGUAGUGAUCAGACAUGACUCGCAUGGUUUAGAAGGAAUAGCAAUAGACUGGAUCGGAAGGAAAUUGUACUGGCUGGAUAGACAUUCUAAGAACCUUGAUGUGUCUGAAUUAGAUGGUACACGUAGAAAGACUCUCAAGACUGGCAUUGCCGACCCUCGUGCUAUCAUUGUCCACCCUGGUACUGGAUAUUUGUACUUCACAUCUUGGCACCUCCAAGCUUAUAUCGGAAAGAUGGGCAUGGAUGGUUCUAACUUCACCGCCAUUUUGAACUGGGAAGAUGACAUCGCGUGGCCGAAUGCUCUAACCAUCGACUAUUUCACAGACAGAAUCUACUGGGCUGACGCUCAUUUGGACUACAUUGGUUCCGCUGAUCUUGAAGGAAAACAUAGACACGUCGUGCUUUCUGGAGAUAAGGUACCUCACGUUUUCGCUAUCAGCUUGUUCGAUGAUGAAAUCUACUGGACGGACUGGAAUCUUAAAGCUAUAAGCAAGGCCAACAAACAUUCCGGAGAGAAUCUUACGCUUUUGAGAAAUACUACACACAGGCCUUAUGAUAUCCACGUAGUCCACCCACUGAGACAGCUGCCUUACCACAAUCCUUGCGGCGAUAACAACGGUGGAUGCUCGCACUUAUGUCUUAUUGCUCCGCCUCACGAGUCCAGUUACUUGAACAUCGAAGGUUACGGCGAGGAAGGCGCGACUACAUACAAAUGCGCAUGUCCGAACCAAUAUUACCUGGCUCGAGAUAUGAAGACCUGUAUUGCCAACUGUACCGAUGGCCAGCAUAGAUGUAACGGCCGCGAUGAGAAAUGUAUUCCCUGGUUCUGGAAGUGCGAUGGCGAGAAAGAUUGUAUGGAUGGUUCGGAUGAACCUGACACGUGCCCUGUACGGCAUUGCAGAGCUGGUUCCUUCCAAUGUAAGAAUACCAACUGUACUCCUGCAGCUACUAUUUGCGACGGUACUGACGAUUGUGGGGAUGGAAGCGACGAAGCUGAGUGCGCACACGAAUGUCCACUCCUCGAGUUCAAGUGCAAAGCCAGUGGCCGUUGUAUCUUGGACAGCUGGAAGUGCGACGGUGACACAGAUUGCAAAGACAACAGCGACGAAGACCCAAUAAUGUGUCACAACAGACCUUGUGAUGUAGACACCGAAUUCUCCUGCAAGAACGGCCGAUGCAUCCCUAAACUGUGGAUGUGCGAUUUCGACAACGAUUGCGGUGACGAUUCGGAUGAACCUGCUUACAUGUGCAGACAGAAGAACUGUACCACUGGAUGGAGACGCUGCCCUGGACAGUCCAACUACAGAUGCAUACCUAAAUGGCUCUUCUGCGACGGAAAAGACGACUGCAGAGAUGGAUCAGAUGAAUUACCAGAGAACUGUCCUUCAUGCAAUGCGGAUACUGACUUCACGUGCGAGAAUAAGCGUUGUAUACCUAAGCAAUGGCUUUGUGAUUUCACUGAUGACUGUGGCGAUGGAAGCGAUGAAGCCGAAGGAGUCUGCCGACAUCAAUACAGAGAAUGCUCGGAAUCAGAGUUCAAAUGCGGCAACGGAAAGUGUAUAUCCUCAAGAUGGCGCUGUGAUCACGAAGACGAUUGCGGGGACAAUUCAGACGAGAUGUCAUGCGGCGGCUUCCAGUGCAAGAAUGGAACUUUCCAGUGCAAGUCGGGACAUUGCAUCGCGUCGUACUUCCGCUGCGAUGGCGACCGAGAUUGUCGCGAUCUGUCGGACGAGAUCGGCUGCCCGCCGCGCUUCCCUGGCGGCAGAUACUGCCCGGAGAGCAGAUUCCAGUGCGCGAACAACCUCUGCGUGUCACAAUCGGACCUGUGCGACGGAGCGGACGACUGCGGCGACGGUAGUGAUGAAGCACCGGCGUUGUGUACCAACUUCAACUGUGAUACGCUAAGGCGGUUCCACUGCACUAACCAUCGAUGUGUGCCCAGAUACCAAGUUUGCGACGGAGUAGACAACUGCGGUGACGGCUCAGACGAGAACAAUAUGACGCUCUGCGCAGCCCGUGCCAAGCCUUGCGACCCAUACACACAGUUCCAAUGUGCCAACCGCCGAUGCGUCGAGCGAACGCAGCUCUGCGAUCUGUCAGAUGACUGCGGAGAUGCUAGUGAUGAGAGGGGUUGUCAUCACGCUAAGACUUGUGAUAUGAUCUCUAAAGGUGGCUGCGAACACUUCUGCACGAACCUGACCGGCGGUACUGGUGUAGGCUACAUCUGUUCCUGCUAUCAGGGCUACAUCAUCUCUCACGCGGACCCUAAGCGAUGCGAGGAUGUGAACGAGUGUGCUACGGGAGACCAUCACUGCUCGCAGCUCUGCUCUAACCUGAAUGGCAGCUAUAGUUGCAGUUGCAGGGAAGGAUUCAAACUGGCUGACAGCCUCUCCGGUGUAUGCAAAGCGACGGAAGAGGAUGUAGUGCUAAUGUUCGCCAACGGCCCUGAGAUCCGAGGCUUCGUGCAAGACAAAAACGAAGAAUACGAAGUCAUCUCAUCAGAGAAACGCAUCGAGGCCAUCGAUUACGAUCCUCUGCAUGAGAUGGUCUUCUGGGCUGACAGUUACGAUAAAACAAUCAAGAGAUCAUACAUGGUCAACGCGUUGCAUGGGGAAGUUAAGAGUGGAUUCGCUCAGGAUCUUAACAUGAAGGGAAGCUCGAAGCCUACAGCUUUAGCCGUAGAUUAUAUUGGUGAAAACUUAUACUGGACGGAAACGGAUAGAACUGGCUCCAAACCGCGCGGUCGCGUUAUGGUCGCUAAGACUGACGGAAGAUACCGACGAGCGUUGGUAACUGUGGGUAUAGAAAGUCCAACAUCAGUUGUGGUCGAUCCGCAGCAGGGUAAAAUGUAUUGGGCGGAUGCUGGCUCAGCGCCGAAGAUCGAAACCGCUUGGAUGGACGGUUCACAACGCCGACCGCUUAUUACCGAGAACAUCAGACACCCGACUGGCUUGGCUAUUGACCAUGCUAUGGAUCACACUAUCUACUGGGUGGACACGAAAUUGAACACCAUUGAGAUGAUGCGGCCAGACGGUUCGCUCCGAAAGACGGUUCUGAAGGGAGAUAUGUUGAAACACCCUGUGUCUUUGGACGUGUUUGAGUCCUCUCUGUUCUGGGUGACGAGAGAGUCAGGAGAGCUUGUACGUCAGGAUAAAUUCGGGCGCGGCGUGCCGUUUAUACUGUCUAAGGAUCUAGUCAACCCAUCGGCUGUUAAAGUGUACCACCCACGUCGCUACAACACCUCGGUGACCAGCGGUUGUUCGUCAAACCCGUGCUCGCAUCUCUGCCUUGCCGUACCCAACGGUCGGCGCUGCGCCUGCCCUGACUCAGCCGCUCCCAAACCUAAGGGCAUUGCUCAGGAACAAGCUUGUGAUGCCGCUGCGGAAGUCCCACGGCCACUCCCACGCAUCUGCCCCUGCCAGAACGGUGGCGUCUGCUCCGAAACCACCAACGGCGAAUUAGAAUGCAUCUGCCGAGCGCCGUUAUUACCACCAUAUUGCGCUGAAGCGGCGGCAUCGACAAGAGCUGCGCCCGCUGCUGUAUUAGUACCAGUACUAUUGGUGCUGCUAUUGGCUAUAGCUGGAGCGGCAGCAUGGUUCGUCAUAAGGAAAAGGCCAUUCGGCAAAGGCGGCGGCCUGAGCAGCCUAGCGUCGUCCCAGAGCGUAUCCUUCCGCCAGGGCUCCAAUGUUGAGUUCGGCGGAGUCGCUGAGCCGGCGUAUUCAUUAGAAGAUGCUCGGAGGAAGGGUCGGGACUUCUCCAAUCCUAUGUAUGACGCCGUCACGCGCGCCGCCGCGCAAGGCGAACCUGAGCCUUUACCGGGCAUCUACGAAGUCCCGGACGAGUUGAAAGACAAAGCGGUGUCCGCGGUGAUAUCCCCGUCGUCGACGGAGACCCGCGGCGCGGCGCGGCCCCGCGCGCUCGACCCGGCCGCCGACACGGGCGCCGACACCGCGCAGCUCGUGCGCGAGGACCGCGACUGCUGA